AUGUCGACCCUCGCAGACGAGCUACUGCAGGACUUUGAGGACUCUGGUUCUGAGAAUGGCGAGCGCGUGGAGGAUGAUGGCGAGGACAAUACGGCGGCCAUUAUGGGCCUGUCCGGUGGCGACGUGCCAAUGGACGACACAGACCUGGUCAGCUCCGAUGACGAUGACGACGCCAUGGGGGGUGUGAACGAAGACAACGAAGGAGAUGACAAGGAGACCAAUGGAAAGGCAGACAAGAACGGCAAGCCGAGCGAUUUGCGGUCCGCAACGAGCCUCGUCAAGACGCUUGAUUCCAUCUUAGAGGUUCGUGAUCAUUCUUAUCCCUCAAACUACUUCGUCCCGCACCGGUCUUGUGCCGAGUGUCGUGGACGUCCAAACCGAGAUACAGCGUUUACAUCUGUCCUCUCUUCUUUCUCUUUUGCGCGAGAAAUAGCAACCCUGACCUGUCUGGACCACACCCUACAGAAAAUCAAAUUCUACCAAGCACAACCGAGCGAGACACGACACGAACACGUCGGAAACGUCGAGGAGCACCCCGAGUACCACCUAUUGACACAGGCCAACGGCCUCUCAACGGCCAUUGACAAUGAGGUGGUCCUUGUGCACAAAUGGGUACGCGACCACUACUCGGUGCGCUUCCCAGAGCUCGAGACCCUCGUCACCAACCCGCUCGAGUACGCCAAGACUGCCGCGGUGCUCGGCAACGGCCCGCUGGACUCGGACGCCAUGCGCCGGAUACCCCAGUCGACGGACAACCCGCUCGGCGUGUCCCUCGACUCGGUGCUCGACAAACCAACCCUGAUGAUUGUCACGACAAGCGCCAUCACCUCCAAGGGCCAGCCCAUGGCGCAGAACGACCUCGACGGCGUGGUGGCGGCCUGUGGCGUGAUGGUGAAGCUCGAUGUGGCGAAACGGGCGUUGACCGAAUACGUGCAGUCGCGCAUGACUAUCUUUGCGCCGAACCUAACAGCGCUCAUUGGCUCCUUGACGGCCGCCCAGCUUCUCAACACGGCCGGGGGUCUGACGGGCCUGUCCAAGACCCCCGCCUGCAACAUUGCGGCGUGGGGUUCAAAAAGGGGCGCCAACGCCAGCGCCCUGGCGACAAACGUGACGUCACGCCAGCAGGGUUACCUUUACCAAUCACCCAUCAUUCACACGAUUCCGACAGACCUGAAGAAGCAGGCGAUGCGCAUUGUCUCGGCCAAAGUGGUACUGGCCGCGCGUGUCGACCGGAUCCACUCGUCGCCGGACGGCAGCCAGGGUGAGGAGCUCAAAGACCAGUGCCUGGAGCGGCUGGAGAAGCUUCAAGAGAAGCCACUGAAUACAGGCGCACGGGCCCUACCAGCACCCGACGACAAGCCGUCGCGGAAACGCGGCGGUCGGCGGGCGCGGCAGGCCAAGGCGGCAACAGCGAUGACGGACCUACGCAAGGCGCAGAACCGGAUGGCGUUUGGCCAGGAGGAGAAGGAGGUCGGCUACGGCGUCGGUGACGAGACCGAGGGCCUGGGCAUGAUCGGUGCGGCAAGCGACGGUCGCGUGCGCGCCCUGCAGGUCGACCAGCGCACGCGAGCCAAGCUGAGCGCCAAGAACAAGGGCUGGGGCGGCCUGGCGUCGUCGGUCAACGGCGGCAGCGGUGCAGCAUCGUCGCUACGGGGCAUUGGCCAGGCGGCCGGCGGCCUGGACCUACGGGGCCAUGGUUUGCGGGCAUCUGGCGUUGGCACCACGGUGGGCAGCCAAGCGGCCGGUACAAUGUCGUCGCUGGCAUUUACACCCGUGCAAGGACUGGAGCUGGUCGAUCCCAGCGUGCGCGCCGAGAUGGGUCGCAAGAGAAAGGCGGAAGAGGACCGGUAUUUCAAGGGCGGCACCUUUACGCAAAUCGGCGGCAGCGCAGGCGGCGGCGGUGUUGCAGACGGCGUGUUCAAGAAGCCAGCGCUGCCACCUGCCAAACGCGUGGAUACGGGCGCGACAAAGAAGUGA